AUUACUCUGUCUUCUCCCCCGUCGCGAGCGAGGAAGCGAGGGAGCGAGCGCGGCCGAGGGAAUAUAACAGCGAGGUCGUCGGGCGGGGCGAGAGAGCGCGAAAGGAGCACCGGAGAGGGAGAUACCGAGCGAGGAGGCUUCCGUUCGACUCUUCCCUGCAGCAACCCCGCCGUAGAUCUCCGGAUCGACGGCUCCAAUUCGUCGAUCUCCUGCACGGGUUUCGGUUGGAGCCGGCGGUCGGAGGCGCUGCGGAUGCGAAGAAGAGCAUCGACAGCCCCGAAGCAGUCGAAAGUUAGGGUUUUGGCGGCACGGGUCAGGCUCUGGACCCGCCCUAGGGUUCCGGGUGGAGUUCCAUGGAAGAGGGAGGGGUCGCGUGCGCACCCUCGCAGCAUAUCAUGGAGAGGUUCCCGAUUCCGGAGUCACUCUGUGGCGGCAAAGGCGUGCUUACUUCGAGCCCCUUUAUGGCAGAGAAGAAGGCGAGGAAUGGCGAGAUGGGGGAGGAGGUCGAGAGGAAAGGCGAGUCUGGUGUUGUAAAGGGUCUGAAAUUGGAUAGGAGGGUGAAGGAGGGAGAGUUGGAGAUUGGGAAACUUGGGCUGGAGAGGCAUAGGAAAGAGGAGAUGGAGGAAGGAGAGUUGCAAAAAGGGGAAUUGGAGAAAGGGGAGCUUCAGAAUGGAGAAAUUGAGAAGGGGGAGUUCGUUCCUAAGAAAUGGAGGAAAAGUGAACUUGAGGUGGGAGAAAGACGGAGGAGAGAUGAGUUGGAAAAGGGAGAAGUCAUUUCAGAUAGGCGGAAUAAAGGGGAGCUGGAAAGGAGGGAUUUUGUGCCUGGUAAAUGGAACUCAUCUAGAGAAUUGGAAAAGUCUCUCUAUCAGUCAUCCAGAGGAAGGAAGGUGGAUUUGGAGAAGGGUGAAUUUGUUCCAGAGAGAUCAAGGAAAAGUGAUCUAGAGCGCACCCCGGAGGACAGUCACCGGAGAAAAGAUGGACGCCCAAGUGAUACUGACUUCAGGAAGAGGUCAUCUUCAUCAAGAUCUGAUGGCAGCAUGCAUGAGAGGGAUGCUAAGAAAUUCUCACGACCUUCUGAAGUUGAACCUGGUGAGGUUAAGCACGAUGUUAGCAAUGGAAAGAGCCGUGAUAUGGGGGGAAAUAUGGGAAAGUGGCCCAAAUGGCAAGCUGUAGAGUCUGAGAUCAGUAACCACAAGCACCAUUUUGAUUCAUCUGAUCAAUCAGGUUCAAAGACACAUUGGAAGCCUGAAGAGAUUAAUUGUUCCACUAAUUCACGAAGAAAUGAGACCACUUCAGUCUCGAAGGUUUCAUCCAUCAACAAGCACUCAUCUUCUAGGUUCAAUGACUCAUCCUUGGCUUCCCGAGGUUCCCAUGGCCGCAGCCCAGGAUGUUCUGAACGGUCACCAAAGGAGCGCACCCACCACCGGGAUCACAGGGAACGUAGUCCUCGUCACUUGGACCGGUCUCCACAUGAAAAGAGCCCAGAUUGUUCUGAACGAUCACUAAAGGAGCGGGCCCACCACCGUGAUCACAAGGAGCGAAGUCUUCGUCGCCUGGACCGAUCCCCACAUGAGAAGAGUCGCCACUCAGAUCACAGGGAUCACACUCCAAGCCAUUCUAAUAGGUCUCCACGACAACGAGCUCGUCACCAUGAUUACCAUGACCGGACUCUGGCAUAUUCAGAGAGGUCACCACAUGAUAUCCGUCAUGCUGCAGAACACCGUGAGUCAAGCAAGAAAAAUCGAAGCAGUGAAAAGCAGCAGUCCAGCAGACAUGAUGAUAGAUUGGGACGAAAGGAGUACAGUGAUAAAGAUAUUCUUAAGAAUAAGUCAAAUAAGAGCAGCUCUGACAGAUGUGCCGCUGAUAAUAAGGAAAAACUGUUGCAGAAUUCAAAUAGGCAGUCUAGCGAGACUCCCCUUCCUCCUCCACCACCACUGCCUCCUCCACCUGCACUUCCACCACCUCCUCCCCCUGCAGGGGUUCUUGAAGAUCCAUCCUCAAUGGAGGAGGAUAUGGAUAUAUCUGACACACCACCCCGUGAUCCUGUAUCAUCCAAUAUUGAUGCUGGAAAGUGGUUUUAUCUUGAUCACUUUGGUAUGGAACAAGGACCCUCAAAACUAGUUGAUCUCAAACAUCUGGUGGAUGAAGGGGUCCUUCAUUCUGAUCAUUUGAUAAAACAUGCUGACAGUGACAGGUGGGUAACUGUUGAAAAUGCUGCUUCCCCUUUGGUGCCUUUGAACUUGUCCUCUGUUGUUUCAGAUGUUGUCACACAGAUGGUAAGCCCUCCAGAAGCCCCAGGGAAUUUGUUAGUUGAUGCUGGAAUUCUUUGUCCAGAAACAUCUAGUUCUACAUUGCUGCAGCAGGAGCUGCAUACAGAUUGCUCUCCAGUUCUACCAGAAUAUCUUGAAAAUUAUCAUAUUGAUGAGAGAGUUGAGACUUUGUUGGAUGGUUACACCAUAAUAGACGGAAAGGAGCUUGAGAUAAUUGGAGAAGCACUGAAUGCAACAUUUGAACAUGCAGAUUGGGAAAAAUGGGGUCAAUUGGAAGGUUUCUCAAGGUUCAAAUCUCAGACACCAUUCAUACAUCCGAAAGAUGAGCGUGUUGGAAGAGAUUUUGAAGGCUUAUCAAAAGGAAGCAGUGAAAUCAGGCCAGUUGCAUUUUCUGAGAAGGAUCAUACUGUUCCUACCGGUGGUUCUAGCGAUUGGUUUGCUGGCAGGUGGUCUUGCAAAGGUGGUGACUGGAAGAGAAAUGAUGAGGUAGGUCAAGAUAGAUCCUACAGACGGAAACUUGUUAUCAAUGAAGGCUAUCCUCUUUGUCAGAUGUCAAAAUCUGAGUCCAAGGAUCCCCGUUGGCACAGAAAGGAUGAGCUUUACCAUUCUUCCCGUGACAAAAGGCUUGAUAUGCCUCUUUGGGCUUUCUCGUCAAUAGAUGAUAAUAAUGAGAGCAGCAGUGAUCCAAGCAAAAGUACAGUUACUAGUAGAUCAGGCCAAACCAAGCCGUUGCUUCUUAAGGGCGUAAAAGGUGCAAUUCUUCCAGUUGUUCGCAUAAAUGCUUGUGUUGUGAAAGAUCAGGGUUCUCCAGAACAUCGUAUGAGAGUCAGAAGCAGUGAGCGACAUCCUUCAAGAUCUUCACGAUCACACUCUUCUAGCGACAGGAUUUUGCUGCAUGAAGGUCCCUCUAGAUCAAAGAAGCUUGAUGAACACAACUCACAGAAUUUGCAGCGAUGCCAGACUGACCUCAAUGUCCCAAAGGAUCAUAUUUGCUCUAUUGAUGAGUUAUCAGUAAAUUUGGGUGACUGGUUUUAUUUAGAUGGUGCUGGUUAUGAACAUGGACCUUUGUCAUAUUUGGAAUUGCAAGAGUUAGUUGGUAAAGGUGCUAUCCUAGAGCAAAGCUGUGUCUUCCGCAAGAAUGAUAAUACCUGGCUUCCCAUUACCAAGAAAUUCAAGUCUUCUGAAGCUGACAAUACUGAAGAAGAAGCAAGGACAUCCACUGCAAGUUCCUUGUCUUCCUUUGUGCAGUCACCAUGUAACAAUAUAAAUAAUGCUUCUCAUUCAUUACAUAUCUCAUACCCUCAAUUUAUUGGCUAUACACGUGGAAAGCUGCAUGAACUUGUUAUGAAAUCAUACAAGAACCGGGAGUUUGCUGCUGCUAUUAAUGAGGUGUUGGAUCCAUGGAUUAGUGCAAAGCAACCUAAGAAGGAAAUGGAUAAACAUUUUCCAUUUAACUCGUCUAUCACAAAAAGCUCUGCUGUUUUAGCUCAUAAUUUGUCAGGGAACAAUAUCUGGAAACCAGAAGAUGGGAUAUAUCGUGAUGGAAAAAGAGCACGAUUUUUCUCUGGUGAAAGUGAUGGGGACUCUGAUUUGGAAGAGGCUUUGUUGCCCUUUGAGAAGAAUGACUACUCGUUCGAGGACUUAUGUGGUGAGGUCAAUAUCUUUGAAGACAAUGUUCCAACUUCCCAGACAGAGAAUGAAAGUUGGGGUCUACUGAGUGGUCGUAUUCUAGCAAGGGUCUUUCAUUUUCUAAAAUGCGAUAUGAAAUCACUUCUCUCUUCUGCUGCUACUUGUAAACACUGGAAUUCAGUAGUAAACUUCUACAAAAUUAUAUGCAGACAUGUUGAUUUAUCCUCAGCUGGAUCAAAAUGUACUGAUGCUGUAUUUCAGAGUAUUAUGGGUUGUUAUGACGAGAAAAAUCUUACAUCUCUUGUUUUAACGGGAUGCUAUAAUGUUAGUGCCAGUGCUCUUGAGGAAGUUCUCCGGCUAUUUCCAUGCAUAUCUUAUAUUGACAUCAGAGGGUGCAAUCAGUUUAAGGAAAUACAAGCAAAGCAUCCAAAUAUUAGCUGGAUAAAGAGAUCAGGUCUGUGCAAAACUAAAAAUCAUGAGGAAUCCUAUUCAAAAAUAAGGAGCCUUAAGCAGAUAACAGGAACCUAUAGAUCCUUAGGCAGUCAUCUGGAAGAAUCUGAUGAUCUAGAGAACUAUUGUAAUGGUGAGUUUAACUGUCUUGAUAGAAAGAACUUGUCUUGCCUCAAAUUCACACCGGGCGUCUAUAAACGACCCAAGUUAGUGGAUGCUAGAAGGUCCUCAGAACUUUUAUCAAGGGAUGCACAGAUGAGGCGCUGGUUACACAGGAAGACUGAGAUUAGUUAUAAGAAGAUGGAGGAGUUUAUUGCCAAUACUUUGAAGGACAUCAUGAGGGGAAGCAAGUCCGAAUUUUUUAUGCCCAAAAUUGCAAAAAUUGAAGAUAGGAUGAGAAGUGGUUAUUAUGUUCGACAUGGCUUGAACUCUAUUAAGGAUGACAUCAGUCGAAUGUGUCGGGAUGCAUUCAAAUCAAAAAGCCAGGGCGAUGCCGUAGAUACAAAGAAGAUUAUCAUGUCUUUCAUUCAACUGGUUAAGAGGUUGGAGAACCCAAGGUUGAUCGGUGCAGUGAAAGACAGUUCUGAUACAGGAUUAUGUUCAGAGUCUAAAUAUAAAAAGAAACAAAACAAAGUUUCAAGUGAAAAGAAGGGCAUAAAUAGGAGUAUAAACACAUCUUAUGCCAAUGGAGGGACAGAUUAUAGAUCCUAUGCAUUUGACCGUGAAAUUAAAAGGAGUCUUUCUAAAUUAAAGAAGAAAGAGAUGGAUUCUGAAAGUGAAACGUCUGAAGAUGAUUUCUCCGAAGAAGAUGGAGGUGAAGGUGAGAGUACUGCUUCUGAUACAGAAAGUGACUUAGAAGUUCAAUCAGGAAGUGGAACAUGGGACUUAAAAGGGGAUGAGUCAUCCAAAAUGGAUGAGUCCUUUGAGUCAGUCGUGACAGAUGACCGCGAAUGGGGUGCUCGCAUGACAAAAGUGAGCCUUGUUCCGCCUGUUACUAGAAAGUAUGAGGUUAUUGACAAAUAUCUUAUUGUAGCUGAUGAGGAGGAAGUACAAAAGAAGAUGCGAAUUGCUUUACCUGAUGAUUAUUCUGAAAAACUAUUAGCACAAAAAAGUGGUAUUGAAGAAUCAGAUAUGGAAAUUCCUGAGGUCAAGGAAUACAAACCUAGGAAGAUGCUUGGCGUUGAAGUCAUAGAACAAGAAGUGUAUGGCAUAGAUCCUUAUACACAUAACCUCCUCCUUGAUUCUAUGCCAGAUGAACCAGACUGGCCUCUUGCAGAUCGACACAAAUUCAUUGAGGAGUUGCUUCUCCGCACAUUGAAUAAGCAAGUCAGACAGUUCACUGGUUCUGGUAACACCCCAAUGGUUUUUCCUUUGCAACCUGUUGUUGAAGAUAUGCAGAAGAAUGCGGAGGAAGGAGGUGACAAACGAGCAGUAAAGAUAUGCCAGGCUAUUCUAAAGGCCAUACGAAAUCGUCAUGAUGAUAAUUAUGUUGCAUAUAGAAAGGGACUCGGAGUUGUUUGCAACAAGCGUGAAGGCUUUGAACAAGAUGACUUUGUUGUCGAGUUCCUGGGAGAGGUCUAUCCAGCUUGGAAAUGGUUUGAGAAGCAAGAUGGUAUUAGGUCCUUACAGAAAAACAGCCAAGAUCCAGCCCCUGAAUUUUACAACAUUUAUUUGGAGAGGCCAAAGGGUGAUCGCGACGGGUAUGAUUUGGUUGUGGUUGAUGCUAUGCACAAAGCAAACUAUGCAAGCAGAAUCUGUCACUCCUGUAGACCUAAUUGUGAAGCAAAAGUGACAGCUGUGGAUGGUCAAUACCAGAUAGGAAUAUAUUCUCUACGACCAAUUGGUUACGGUGAAGAAAUCACCUUUGAUUACAACUCUGUGACAGAGAGUAAGGAAGAAUAUGAAGCAUCAGUUUGUUUAUGUGGUAGUCAAGUUUGCAGAGGCAGUUACCUGAAUCUGGCUGGAGAAGAAGCAUUUGAGAAGGUGUUGAAGGAUUGCCAUGGGGUGCUAGACCGUCAUAAAUUGAUGCUGGAGGCUUGUGAAGCCAAUAUUGUAUCACAAGAUGAUUAUUUUGAGCUGGGUCGGGCUGGUCUGGGCACUUGUUUACUAGCUGGUUUGCCUGAUUGGCUAGUUGCUUACUCUGCUCAUCUGGUGAGAUUCAUAAAUUUCGAGAGAACAAAACUACCUAAUGAAAUUCUAAGGCAUAACUUGGAGGAGAAGAGAAAAUUCUUUUCAGACAUAUGUCUUGAGGUUGAGAAGAGUGAUGCAGAGGUUCAGGCUGAGGGUGUCUAUAAUGCAAGGCUUCAGAACAUUGCACUUACUCUUGAUAAGGUAAGGUAUGUAAUGAGGUCUGUGUUUGGGGACCCUAAGAAAGCUCCACCUCUGGUAGAGAAGCUUAACGCAGAAGGCCUAAUUUCAAUCCUUUGGAGAGGGGAGGGUUCCCUUGUUGAGGACCUGCUUCAUUCCAUGGCACCUCAUGUUGAAGCAGAUUUGCUUAGUGACCUCAAGUCCAAGAUUCAGGCCCAUGAUCCAUCUGGUUCUGAUGACAUCCAGAGCGAACUCCGCAAGUCAUUAUUGUGGUUGAGGGAUGAGUUGCGAAAUCUUCCAUGUACCUGCAAAUGUCGGCAUGAUGCUGCUGCUGACUUGAUUCACAUGUAUGCCUACACAAAAGUUUUUUUUAAAGUUCAGGACUACAAAUCUAUCAAGUCUCCCCCAGUUUAUAUCAGCCCUCUCGAUUUGGGUCCCAAGUAUGCCGACAAGAUGGGGUCAGGCUUCCAGGAGUAUUGCAAGACUUAUGGUGAGAACUAUUGCUUAGGCCAGUUGAUUUAUUGGUAUAGCCAGGUGAAUGCAGACCCAGAUUGUAGAUUAGUGAGAGCUCGCAAGGGUUGCUUGUCAUUGCCGGACAUCUCUUCCUUCUAUGCAAAGUCUCAUAAGCCAUUGCGAGAACAUGUCUAUGGCUCCAGAACCGUGAGAUUUAUGCUGUCAAGAAUGGAAAAGGAUCCACAAAGGCCAUGGCCUAAAGAUCGCAUAUGGGUGUUCAAGAGCAACCCUAAAUUCUUUGGCAGUCCAAUGUUGGACGCCGCCCUUAAUAAGUGUCCCUUGGACAAGGAGAUGAUGCAUUGGCUCAAGACUAGGCCAUCAGUGUUCCAAGGUUGAUGGGGAGGCUGAGGCUGGCCACACCAUGUUUCUGUUUCUGCAGUGAUCAUUGACCACAUUCUUUUCUCGUCACACAGCGGCAGCCUGUAGUUGUGGGAGUCUGGCUUUUGUUCAAGGCAGCAUAUCCCCAUUUGUACAGUUUCCUUGUUGCAAUUUGUAUUGAUUAUUUAGUGAUAGAGCAUUGAUCUAAUGUAGUAUUUUUGCUAAAGUUUCUUUGCUUAUUCCUCUGACACAUUUGUACAAAUCUCAAUGAUACCGAAUGAUCAAGAUGGCAUGUUCUUGCUCCAACCGCCCCCAAGUGGCGAAGAGGGAGUUGUACAUUGGCAGCUCUAUCCUGUUUGAUCACUACCAAUUUCACAUUUGUCAUAGAAAUUGCUGGCUUGGUUGGAUGUGGUUCAGCAUGCUAAAUGAUUUUGUAAACAUUUUAAUGGUCUCAGGCAGAUUACCAGAACUUGUAAUUUCAUUUGUUUCAUGAUUGGGAUGGUUAGCUCAGCGCACACGCAUUGUAAGUAUGUUGGCUGUAAGAAUCCAAUCAGAUGACGCUUUUCCGUUGUGGAUA